AUGACGACUUUAAUCUUCGAUGAAGACGAGGUAGAAUUAGCAAGCAAAUCGGAGGUAAAGUAGACUUCCCCUGAGAUUAUUUUUUGGUUGUCUUUUGUCAUACGGAUCGUGGUUUCGCCAAUAUGGCUCCCAUAUCGUUCUCAAGUACCACUGUCCUUGCCAACCAACAUCCGACAAAUACGGCUUUACAGGGUUUUCAACGUUUCGUAAAAAAAAACACUCAACCUUGUAAAUCCUGUACGUGAUGGCUUUAGUUCGUGAAUGGUGGUCGUUUUAAGUGCACGCGGACACGGCACAUUAUUUUAGAUGUUUUGGGUUCAUCUCUGGCAAAACAGCUGAGCAAAAUUAUGAUGUCCAUUGCGAGAUCGAAAGCAGAGAUCCAAGGCAUCCGCACGUGUAGGUCAACCCCGUUAAUGCGACCGCCGUUGGGCCAUAAAAUCCUGGUCGUAAUAACGAGGUGGUCGCAUUAACGGGGUCUUCAUAAUGAUAUAAUGACUCAAUGGUUGUUACGUUUGGUUUGAAAGAAUAUGGCCGCAAUAACGAGGUGGUCUUAAAAACCAAACAGUCCAGUAGUUUCUAGAUCAGAGCAAUCAUGCUUUUAGCAUCAUGAUUUUUAAAACGAUAAUCAUACAUAAGAUAAAAUGUAAACUUAAAGGGAACAGAAAAUUAAUGUCCUUUAAUUUGGGGUGUUGUAGUUUGAUUUUGUUCGUUUAAUUAAUCGGGAUGGGCAGAGUAGAAUGCUACAUUCAGCAAACCCGGCCGGGUGAAAAUUGUGUUAAUAGUCUUCAAUUAAUGGUUGAACUCUGUUGAACACUGAGACUCAAUAAAGACAGGAAUUAUUCCUGUCUUUAUUGAGUCUCAAUGUUCAACUAGGGACUGAAACAGUUAAGAGAUUGACUAUACAAUCUGAGACAAAGGAAAUGAAACCUUUAUAGUAUUGGUUUCAAAAACCUUCAUUGCAUUAAUUUCUUAUUCCUAAUUAUGUGCCAUUGCACAUCUUCCCUGGGAAAGAUGUACAAUCAUGGCAAUCUUAAUAAAUUGAUUAACCCGAAACUCUUUGCCAACUGGGCAGUUAAACCACUACCCCUCUUAGAUUCACACUUGGGACAUAAUGACACAUUAACUUAUAAGGAGCUUAUGUUGCCAAUGUGAACAACAACAUAACGACAUAAACGUAAGUAAAACAAAAUAGAUGGCAGCGAAGACUCUACUUGUUGCAUUUGUCUUUGUUUCAAGUUUACAGAGAAGACAACACCAAUGAAAGCUUCAAAACAUUUUGAUGGCUUUCACCGUUUUAUUUUUUUUAUUUUUUAUUUUUCGUGGAUUAUUUUUCAUUUUGUGGUGAAAGGGUUUUUGAUAAUAGACAGGGUAUUUCUGAACUGUUUCUGAUUGGAGUUCAUCAAUCCCAUCAACUGCAACAUCUCCACUAACAAUGUCCUCCCCUGAAGCUGCCACAUUGAGAAUCAUGCUUGAGGAAGACUACAUUAAUUUGAUAGUUUCAAUAUGCUCUGUUUGGUUCUUUGUUAUGUCAUUAUGUCGAAGGUUGUUCACACUUGUUUUUACCAUGUAUAACAAAAACAUAAGGACAGAAUAAUGGACAUAAACAUAACAUUGACAUAAUCAAUUCUAUUGCUUUUGUUGUUAUGUUGUUAUAUGUUGUUAUGUCAACAUCAUUGUUCACACUACAAACAUAACAACAUUACAUAACCACCUUCUUAUACUGUUCGGCUUAUGUCAGUCAUUAAGUCACAAGGGUGAACCAGGCUUUAGAGACAUGUUGGUUUCUUCUGUAGCCAAUUUCUAGUUCACAUCAUUCACAUGGCAACAGAUUGACAGUAAUUACAGCCCCUCCCCAAACCUCAACCCCCAAACACCCCUUUUAUAGUAUCCCCAAGAUUUUAUCAGGUUGGCUCUAGUGUUACAAUAUAAUAAUUCUGCAGUACACAUAUGUUUAUAAUUUAUUAUUAUAUAUUAUAGUUUUACCACAGGCAGACCCAAGUCUAGACUCGAGUCCAGACAAAGAGUUUUCAAAAGCAGCGAUUUGCAUAAAGUAAAAGACUGCAUGAAUUAUUUACAAAAAUUUUACCCAGAUGUAGACAUUAAAUAAUUGCCUGGAUUGCAGGCAUAACAAUAAUAUCAGCACACUGCUCUCUUGUAACAUGAAUUUGGGCUGCUGAAUCAUUUCAGAUACUGGACCCAAGAUAAAUUAUUGCCUUCAAUUCGUCAAUAUCUUCAUUGUAGGGAACAUGUCCAUUAGCUGCUGGAGAAUUAGGUGAUAGCUCAACUGUCUUAAAUGGAUCAGCAUCCAUUGACGUCCCCUCUAGUUCUUCUAAUGCCAGCCAGCAGUUCACCCUAAUAGCAGCUGCAAUUCCGUCUACAGGUAAGUUGUGCUAAAAAUUAUAACUGUUUGUCACCUUUUGCCUGGCAUUAACUACAUUAGGAGAUUUAAGAAACCAAAGGUUUGGGAUUAUGAUGUAUACACCCCCAUGUAACAGUAAGGGUCUCAUGUAUUAUGUGUCAGGCUGCUGCCUGUGGACUGAAGACAUUGAUCUUUCAUAUCAAGGACAAUUUCUCACACUUGACUCUUAAAUGUGCUUAGUGUUCAUUUCAUGCCCUGCAUGUAACGCUAAACUUGUUGCCUUUGAAAUAGCUUUUGAAGUGAUCAAAGUUUUUUAAAUAUCUUUAUUUUUGGCAAUGUUUGGAGGUGUUCAGAAAGUCUUUGGAAGUUGCUGGGAUGUUUUCAGAAAUUCUGGUUAUGACAAGACAAAAAUCUCAUGUAUUUGAGUCAGAAAAAGUUGGCAGGUGUACUUUUCUUGUUCAAUCUUCAACGACAACAAUAAUAACAAUGUAUUAUUAUAAAACAACUAUUACUAUUGUUACAUUGGUUUUUGUGAUAUCCAGAAUAAUCAAGAUCUCAUUGUUAUCAGCCUACUGGCCUUUGGCUCAGCUGAUAAGAUUUCCCUUGACUUUGAUUAUUCUGGGUAUCACAAAAACCAGCUCAUCCAAUAAUAAUUAUGAUGAUAUGAUAAUUAAUAAUCAAGUAUUGUUUGUUAAUUAUCAUAUCAUCAUCAUUAUCACAUGUUUUAGAAAAGCUGCUCAAUGAGUUGGUGAGACAGACCCAAGAAAACGCAGUUCUUCUUCGUCAAGCACUGACUGAACUGCAUGAGUUGAAACAACAAGUACAAUGUCAAAGAAAGAUUCCAUUUACAGUCAAAACAUGUGGAUUUGAGGUAUGGUAUGGUGUGCAUGUCCAUAUUUAAUUAUUAAAUAUUCCAGUAAUUAUGAAAUAUCAACAGUUAGAUAAUCCUUAGGGAUAAAUCAGGGUGUAUAGUAAUAUUGAUCAACAGUGUUGAAGUUUGGCAGCUGCACUGUGUUUUCAAGCAAGUUGCCUGGGAAAGAAAAGGUGGCCAUGGUAGCCUCUCAAAAGAGAAGUAGGGUUAAGGCAUUAUAUUAUCCAUUACUGCAUAACGUAUCUGAUCACCGUAUUGUCACAGCUAAAAUAAGACUAAGCCUGCGGCAAAGUAAACCAUCUGGUAAGAAAAAGAUCAGAUACGAUUGGAACAAGCUUCUCAAUGAUGACAUCAUCAAAGACAUGUAUACUGUUGAAGUCUGCAACCGAUACCAAACUCUACAGGACUUACAUGGUAAUGAGGAUGCAAACCAGAUGUAUGAGAAUAUCAUGACAGCCCAUGAAAAAGCUGCAGAAAUCAGUGUACCUGUGAAGGCCAAGAUAAAGCAACACGUUCCGUGGGAAAAUGAAAACAUCAUAGAAAAAAGGGAAAUGGUGAAGAAUGCUUAUGAGGUAUCCUUGAGAAGAAAUACCAGAAGCAGUGCUGUAAAACUGGAGGAGGCCAAGCAAGAGCUACAGGAAUCUUACGAUCGAGAACAAGAGAAGUAUGUGAAUGAAAAGAUUCAUGCAAUUACUGACGCUAUACAACACCAAAAAUCCGGUCUUGCAUGGGAAACGGUAAACGAGUUCACAAGAAGAAAGGGCACAAACAGGGGUCGAAUAAAAGCCAAAAGUCCUGAAGACCGUGUCAGUAAAUGGAAGUUACACUUCUCAAACCUGCUAGGUCAACCACCCAGUGUCACAAUAAAACCAACUGCUUCCAUAAUACAUGAACCUCUUCCCAUCAACACGGAUAACAUAACCAUGGAAGAACUGGUUAAAAGUAUCAAAGGUUUCAAAAAUAACAAAGCACAUGGUCUCGACAACAUACCAAUUGAAGUCUGGAAAACUGGUGCCUUAAAUCAACAAUUGCUUGACAUCUGCAACAAAACAUUCAAUGGUGAUCGACCGAAUAUAUGGGUUAAAAGUGGAAUAAUACCCCUACCAAAGAAAGGUGACUUGGGUGACACAGGAAACUAUCGUGGUAUAUCCCUAACUGUCACAGCUGCGAAAAUCUAUAACAAGAUUCUAUUAGAUCGAAUAAGACCUCAUCUGGAUCCUCUGCUCAGGGUGAACCAAAAUGGAUUUCGUACGGGUAGAUCUACACUACCGCAAAUUUUAACUCUGCGUAGGCUCAUAGAGGGAAUAAAAGAAAAACAGCUUCCUGCAAUAUUGACUUUCGUAGACUUCAGUAAAGCCUUUGAUUCGAUACAUCGUGGGAAAUUGAUGGAGAUCUUGAAGGCAUAUGGAAUUCCAACAAAGAUAGUGGAUGCCAUCAGCAUACUCUACAAGGACACCGAAGCACAGGUGAUAACUCCUGAUGGUGAUACGGAAUUCUUUGAAAUUCUUGCGGGAGUUCUGCAAGGAGACACACUCGCACCUUUCCUAUUUAUCAUAGCCUUGGAUUAUGCCCUUAGAGAAGCUACUAGAGAAACACACACUGGGUUCACUCUUACACCACGGCAGAGCUCCCGUCAUGUAGCAACAUACAUCACCGACACUGAUUUCGCGGAUGAUCUUGCCCUAAUUUCUGACUAUCUUGAAGAGGCACAACUUCUCUUAUUAAGACUGGAGGUUGCUGCGAAAACAGUGGGUCUGCAUGUUAACUACAAGAAAACGGAAUACAUGCUGUACAAUCAACCUGUAGGUGAUCUUGUCACACUGGCAGGGAACAAAUUGAAGCAAGUAGAUAACUUCAAAUACCUUGGUUCGUGGAUACAAUCCGGUGAAAAGGACAUGAAUAUAAGAAUUGGACACGCUUGGAGUGCACUCAACAAAAUGAUGAAAGUGUGGAAAUCAAACCUAAAAAAUCAUCUCAAAAUAGGUUUCUUUCGGGCCACAGUUGAAAGUGUACUGCUUUAUGGUGCUGAAUGCUGGACGAUGACUGGAAAGAUGAUGAAUAGACUAGAUGGUACGUACACAAGAAUGCUCAGAGCAGUUCUUGGAGUUUCCUGGAAGGAGCAUAAAACCAACAAAGAACUGUACGGCAAUCUUCCUAAGAUUACAGAUACACUGAUGAUCAGGAGGCUGCGGUUUAUAGGACACUGUUGGAGAAAAAAGGAUGAGGUGAUAAGUGAUUUACUACUCUGGGAACCAAAGCACGGCGCAAGAAAGAGAGGAAGACCAGCAUUAACAUACGUAGACCAGCUGCAAAAUGAUACUGGUUUGAGCAUAGCUGAACUGAAGAACAUCAUGGAAAACCGGAAGGAAUGGAUGAAGCUAGUUAAUGGAGUUCGAGUUCGCUCGAAAUAAGCAAGCAAGCAAGCAAGCAAGCAAGCAAGCAUAACGUUGCUGCAGUUAAUCCUAUAUAAACUAUUCCUUGUGAUCCUUGGUAACAGCCAAUCAGAGUUGAUCCUAACAAUUCCUACUGUUGGGUGACCAGUGAGAGAACUUCCCAAGAUCGCAUGAAAUACGAAAUUUGUAAUGGGAUACUGUAACACAAUAAUAUUAUUUUAACAAUGAAUGAUUUUACACAUUGUUUUUUUGUGCAUGUAACCAAGGAAAUUUAGCCAACUGUGUUCUUUAUACUUUUUAUUGUCUUACAUUGCGACUUUUGUUUAACAGCGAGAACUGGUGCUUAAAGCAAAGGAGGUAUUUGUUACUCAUGGACCAUGGCUUGUCCAAGGGGCUUUGGAAAAAUUAAAGGUAUUUCUUCUUCUUUUUCCAUGGAACCCCACCUCCUUCAAAAAUGAAGAUUUAUUCUUUUAGGGAGUCUUAAAAAAAGUAAAUAAAUAAAUAAAUACACUAAGGAAAAAAUAAACAAAUGUUAAUUAAUUAAUAUUAAAGCAAAAGGGUUGCAGUCAUGGAGAAAGUGCUUUUUGAAAAGAGUCCAAGUUCGGCAGCACAUUUUAUGGAGGAUGUGGACACACAGCAACAAAUUUUCCUUCCUCUCUUUUAACUUGAAUAAAAUCCUUAAGAAUUCAAUUCCAGGAAUAGUUGCCUGCAUAAUUUGACAUAUUGAGCGGGUCCAAAUAGACACGAUUAAGUCUGAAAGAAUGCAAAUUCAUUUUUAGCGAAGUUUUCACUGCCUUUGUCGUCGUCUUUGCUUAAGGUCCCUAUUAUCUUACACAAGGAAACACACUGGCGCUGGGCAAGCAAAAUAUGAGAGCUGACUGAUUGAGUAUAUACUUAUACUACCAGCCAAUAUUUCUGUAUUUAUUGGCCCUUUUUUUUUCAGGAAGAGAUAGCAACCUUAUUAGGAGGAACAGAAAAGGUUGAUACCCACCAUGUGACAAGUUGUGUUUCAUACUGCAAAGAAAAAUAUACAUUAUGGAGAGCGGAUAUCAGAAAAAAGGUUCUAAGAACUAAUAUUUGUGAAAGAUACAACAUAAUUAUGUACAAUCAUCAUGAUCAACAUCAUCAUCAUCUCCUUAAUUCGCACAGGUUUUCAUUGCGCUGGAAAUAAUAAAAUUCCCCCUUGUAGUCCUGUCCCGUCCUGAGACUUAAGACUUCAAGGACCUUUCUCAAAAUGGUGGCCAUUCCUAGAAAUGCAGACUUUUGUAAAGUUUUGACUCUGUAUGGAAUUCCUGUUUCCUUCAAGUGACUUUCUCAGGGUUGUCAGAAAGUUUUGAAGUAGACAGCUGAGUUGUCAAAGUAAGCGGUGAGUCCAGUGAUAUUUUAUUUAAAAAACGCCAUCCAUAAAGAGAUGCCAAGCAGGGUAGCCAGCUGAUACUAACCAAGUAGGCAGCCGGAUACUUUUGACAACCCUGCUUUUCUUCUUUGUGAUCCAAAGCUUUCUUGGGUAUUUCCCCUUGCAAGCUCUUGAUAUUUUUUGUUUCUCUCUCUUUUGCAUUCAAUGUUCCUACAACCAGGUGCUACAAUGUCUGUACAUGAUGACGACUUCAUUGUUUUUCUGUCAGUAGUUGUCUACACUUACAUGUAUGUUUAUUUUUGGAGCUUUUUCAUGCAUUAGAAAAAAAUGACAGUUAUUAAUUAAUUUUCUCUUUGUGUGCUUUGGAUUCAGGUACUCAACAGGAAGUUGAACCACUUGAAUAUAUCUGAGUUUACAGCUAAACUGUACGCACCAUUCAAGAGCAAGGAAGAAGACAUGAAAAAUGCUGCUAAAACUGCAAUGCUCCUGGUAAAACUUGUUUUCUUACUGUGAAGCACAAGUACAGUUUUGCCUUUAUUCUUAAUGUCUCAGGAAAAUCUCUUAAACUACAAGAAACAGUUCUGCAUCUGAAAAUGGAAACUUCCAAACUUUCAAACUUUCCUUAACUCAUUCCCAAGUACACAUUACGGGGAUCAAAGUUUUUCUUACUUAUUUAUAAGAAAAUUUUGCUGAAUCAUUUUUUGUUUUUUAUUAUCAAAGCUUAACAUUUAAUGGCAUAUUAAUUUUCUUGCUUACACCUGCAGCGCAAAUUUGCCUGUGAAAAUGGAUAUUUCGAAAACACAACAAAGGCAGACUUUUGGGACAAGUUUGUAGAGUUUGCUAACUCAUGGAACAAGAUUGGUAUUCCAAACAAGUGGGCAGCAUUAAAAGUAGAAGAUGAGUCAAAGUACAACGAAUCCCUGGAAACAAAUAAAGCAUAGUGACAUGAAAAAAGUGAAAGUGUAAAGCC